AUGGCGAGCCACUCAAUGAAGAAAACCUCCCGAAAAACCGACUUCACCUACGAAUUCGACGGCUCGAAAGAGUCGGACCUGAUCUACCAAGGCGACGCCUACAUGCCGACGGACACCACCAACCUCCGCCUCACGAACCAGGUGGAGCACAGCUACGGCCGAGUCAUCCACCGCGAUCUGGUGCAACUCUGGAUAGGGGCGGAGAAAGCCCACUUCGAAACCACCGUGAAAUUCAUCGUGAAACCUAGGUCCUCCAACGAUAUCCCGGCCGACGGCCUCGUCUUCUUCAUGGUCCGUGCCGACCACACCUUCCCGAGCGACCCCGAUGGUGGCAACCUCGGAAUCUACGCGCCCGACAACCCCAAAGUGUUUGCCGUGGAGUUCGACAUCUUCCGCAACCCCGAGUGGGACCCGGAUUUUCCACACGUCGGGAUCAACAUUGAAGCUAGGGCUUCCGAGGCAGUCGUUCAGAUUCCGAAGUCGUUCAUCGGGAAGGAGGUGACCUUGAAGAUCACCUACGUCGCCGCCACUCAAGUCAUCUCCGCCCUCGUCACCGACGGCACACAGACCGAUGUGGUCAGCUACAUGUGCGACUUGAGCGAUGUUCUUCCUGGGGAGGUUCAAGUCGGCCUCGCCGCCUCCACCGGCGAUUUCGUCGCCAAACAGGACGUCGCUUUCUGGGACUUCCACUCAGCUUUCGAUUAA